GAACCUUGGGAUAAAGAAUUUUCUCUUAUACUCGUGUCUUCUCUUUGGUGUUCAAGUCGCUAUGUAGUUCUAGAGUGCGGGUUACCGAAAUAGCUUAGGAAUCGUAUAUAGCAUUCAACCUACACGACUUAUCAGUGGCGACGGAGAUGAAAACUACAAUGAAUAUUUCCUUGAAGCAAUUAGAAGCCUAUAUGGCGCGUCAAGAAAAGAGAAUUGAAGAGUCCCAAAUUAGAAUCAUGGAAACCCUGAUGCAGAAAUUCUGCCUGUCCCAGCAAAAUCCUGCUUCUAGUGAACCUCAAGUAUCACAUAUUGAUUCAGUCAUUAAUGCCAUUCAUGAAUUUAAUUUUGAUGGUUUAGCAGGUGUGACUUUCGAGUCCUGGUUUAAGAAGUAUGAAGAUUUGUUUUAUAUUGAUCUUUGCAAACUGGAUGAUGCUUCAAAAGUGAGAAUACUUCUUAGAAAACUUGGGACUAUGGAACAUGAACGCUAUAGCAACUUCAUUCUUCCGAAGAACCCACGAGAUUUUAGUUUUGAUGAUACAGUCAAAACCCUGUCCCAAAUCUUCGGAGAACAAUCAUCGCUAUUUAACAUCCGUUAUCAGUGCUUAAAGUUAACGAAAGAACCAGGCGAUGACUGGGUGAAACAUGCAGGAACUGUGAACCGAGAAUGUGAGAGGUUCAGAUUGUCGUCCAUGUCGGAAGAUCAGUUCAAAUGCUUAGUAUUUAUCUGCAGCCUGAGUUCACCCGAAGAUGCCGAUAUCCGAACAAGAAUCCUAAGCAAACUUGAACACUGCCCUAACAUGACCCUGCAAGAAGUGACUGCUGAGUGCCAAAGGUUAGUAAACUUAAAGCAUGAUACUUCAAUGGUAGAAAAAGGUAACUCUUUCCAUAACGUUAAUGCAGUCAAGAGAAAAGUCUAUCAAGGUUCCAGUACCCAUAGUUAUCGAAAUAACAGCGACAAACCACCAUCUCCAUGCUGGGCAUGCGGAGGUUGGCACUAUAAGAGGUUUUGUCCAUAUAAAGAACAUCGUUGCAUCAAAUGUCAUCGGAAGGGUCAUAGAGAAAACUGCUGCAGAAAAAGAAGCCAUAAACAACAUUCUUUGAAACCUUACUCGAAGAAAUAUAGAUAUAGUGCUCAAACCAACAAGAUAUUGGUAUCACAUAACAGAGCACAAAGUUGCCACCAAAGAAAGUAUGUGACCUUGAAUAUUAAUAAACGCCGAACCCGCCUUCAGCUUGACACAGCUUCUGAUAUUACCUUAAUCAGCCCUGUAACAUGGAAGAACAUCGGAAGACCCACAAUUUUCCCAACGACACAGGUGGCACACAGUGCAUCCGGGGGGAAGUUACAAAUUGUUGGAGAAGUGCUAUGCACUGUUUCUAAAGGUAUGGUAACAACAAAUGCAACAUUGUAUCUUACUAAGAAGCCAGCACUAGACUUAAUGGGGUUGGAUCUUAUAGAAACGCUUAAACUAGCUGAUCAUUCUAUCAACAGCAUCUGCAGACGAGUAAGUACAGACAACACCCCAGUGGGGAGCCAGAAAAACGCUAUGUUACAAAGACACCAAGACGUUUUUAGAGAAGGAUUGGGAGAAUGUACGAAGGCCAAAGCACUGUUAACUCUAAAGCCUGCAGCUACUCCCGUUUUUCGACCUAGGAGACCCGUACCAUAUGCUGCUUUACCAGUGGUUGAACAAGAACUAGAACGACUUCAGAAACUCGGUGUCAUUGAACCAGUGAAUUUCUCAGAAUGGGCCGCACCGAUAGUAGUAGUAAAGAAGACUAAUGGUAACGUUCGUUUAUGUGCCGAUUACUCUACCGGUUUGAAUGAAGCUUUAGAAACUCAUCAGUAUCCAUUACCCUUGCCUGAAGAUCUUUUUGCUAAACUGAACGGAGGUAAGCUUUUUGCAAAGUUGGAUUUAUCAGAAGCUUAUUUACAAAUCCCUGUUGCUGACGAGUCUAAAAACCUGCUUACCAUAAACACACACAAGGGUCUAUUCAGGUAUAAUCGACUACCCUUCGGAGUCAAGACGGCCCCAUCCAUAUUUCAGCAAAUAAUGGAUACUAUGCUACAAGGUGUUUCAGGUGCUGCAGCUUACCUAGAUGGUAUAAUAAUUAUGGGUGUAGAUAGAGUAGACUUAGAAAAGAAGCUUGACCAGGUGCUGACGCGAAUAGCCGAAUAUGGACUUCGACUUCGUCCAGAGAAAUGCGACUUCUGUAUACAAAAAGUACGCUACCUUGGGUUUAUAAUCGACAAAGAUGGAAGAAGACCAGAUCCGGAGAAUACCCUGGCAGUGAAAACUAUGCCUAGACCGACGGAUGUCCCCACACUACGAUCCUUCUUGGGACUAGUUAGCCAUUAUGGAGCUUUUAUUCCGAACCUUCAUCAAUUACGUGCCCCCCUGAAUAACCUUCUGGUGAAGAAUGUAAAAUGGAAUUGGUCUGCAACUUGCCAAGCCGCUUUCGAUGAAAUCAAGAAAGUACUAGUCUCGGAUCUGCUACUCACACAUUACGAUCCAUCCUUACCCAUUGUAGUGGCAUCAGACGCCUCGAAUUACGGCAUUGGAGCAGUUAUUUCUCACGUCAUGCCAGAUGGAUCUGAGAAGGCGAUAUCACAUGCAGCUAGAUCGUUAACUUCAGUAGAACGUAAUUACAGUCAGAUCGAGAAGGAAGCAUUAUCGAUUAUCUUCGCUGUCAAGAAAUUUCACAAGAUGAUAUUUGGACGUCAGUUCACCCUAUUAACUGAUCAUAAACCAUUACUAGCCAUCUUUGGGUCAAAGAAAGGUAUACCUGCAUAUACUGCAAACAGACUGCAACGCUGGGGAACUACACUCUUGGGUUAUGACUUCAAGAUCAAGUACCAGCCCACUACUGAUUUUGGACAAGCUGACGCUUUAUCUAGACUGAUUGGGUCACAAGUAAAACAGAAAGAAGACACUUUGGUGGCAGCAAUCGAGACGGAAACAGAAGUACAUCGAGUUUUGGAAGACGCAGUUGACGGAUUACCAGUUACUUUCAAGGCCAUCAAAGAAGCCACUGUAAAUGACAAGACUUUAAGAGAAGUUAGUGAUUAUCUUCUCACCAAAUGGCCAAACAAUCGCCUCGACGGAGAACUUCUGCAAUAUUUUCGUCGACGGGACUCUCUAAUGGUUGUUGACUCCUGUAUUAUGUUCGGUGACCGCAUUGUUGUUCCGAAGUCAUUACGUCACAAGAUUCUCAAGCAAUUUCACAGUGGUCAUCCUGGAAUCAGUAAAAUGAAAUCUUUGGCUCGUAGCUAUGCUUAUUGGCCGUCAAUGGACAAAGAUAUCGAGAAUAAAUGCCGUAACUGCUCAUCAUGCAUUCAAGCCGCUAAAAAUCCUUCGAAAUGCGAACCCCAGUGUUGGCCUAUGCCCGCGGGACCUUGGGUAAGACUUCACGCAGAUUUUGCCGGUCCAAUUCAAGGAAAAAUGUUUCUGAUUAUCGUAGAUGCAUUCACUAAAUGGCCGGAAGUAUACAUCAUGCCAAAUUGUACAACGUCAGAAACGAUCCGCAAGUUGUCUACCCUAUUUAGCAGUUUCGGAGUACCAGAAACAUUAGUGACGGAUAAUGGCUCUCAAUUUGCCGCAGAAUCGUUUAAACAUUUCUGUAGAACAAACGGAAUAAAUCAUCUUCGUUCUCCACCCUAUCAUCCACAAUCAAACGGACAAGCAGAGCGCUUUGUGGACACUUUUAAACGAGCAUUACUCAAAGGGGGAGGAGAAGGGACAACUGAACAGGUGAUCACAAAAUUUUUAACAUCAUAUAGAUCCACCCCAAACCCAAAUGUUCAAGACGGCAAAUCUCCCGCGGAAGCCAUGUUUGGAAGGCGUAUUCGAACGGUCUUCGAUGCCAUGUUGCCAUCCAAACGAGUGAGUGAGCGUAGUCACGAUCCAAGUAUCCGGAACUUCAGUAUUGGCGACAAAGUCUACAUUAAAUCCUAUGUCGGAAAGAACCGGUGGGAGCCAGGCGAAGUUGUGCAAAAACUGGGAAGAGUACUGUACAGAGUUCGAGGAGCUUUUGGGACAUGUAUACGUCACACAAAUCAAAUCCUUAAGGACAAAAGAACGGUGCAGACUCGAAACGCACCAAUGCCGCGAACGCCCAGGAACACUGAAAAGAAGCCUUGGACAAGAAAAACGACAAUGGGACGCCGUCGCAAUCCAGUUAUCAAACUUCAAGUGGAUCCCAGAAAGAAAUCUUAUUCGGGGGAGGUGUUGGGUCGGCUUCCGGAGAACUUCAACGGAGCCUCCAGAGGCCCACAAUGGAGCCGAAGAGUCCUAGCCAAUCAGAGUGUGAUGGAACGUUCUAGAAUUCCAACGUGGCGUGCUACUAUUGGUCGGUAGCGUAAUGUGUUGUUAUCGGAUUGGCUGUAAAAUGAUGUUGAUUUAACAGAUGCCAAAAUCUAUAAAUACCCAUGAUUUUCUGUACAAGAAUGAACCUUGGGAUAAAGAAUUUUCUCUUAUACUCGUGUCUUCUCUUUGGUGUUCAAGUCGCUAUGUAGUUCUAGAGUGCGGGUUACCGAAAUAGCUUAGGAAUCGUAUAUAGCAUUCAACCUACACGACUUAUCACAGGAUGCUUGUGAAUUAAGAAAAUAUAGAGGCAAUGUGCAUAUAUGCAAAUAAGAGACUGAUCAAUUGCAGUGGUAAAGAUCAAUGGGAAGAUUCAAGUAAACAAUACCAAGUGAAUUUAUGGAAACUUUUAAAACUUUUUUUGUUUGUUAAUUCAUAGCAGUCGUUCCACAAAUAACGCAGCAUCAGCAAUUAGAAUAAUGUAUUGCUAAAGAAGUUAUACAACAAUAAUGGUAUCUUGGGCUGUUGAUUAUUUCGACUAUAUUCAACAAUAACUCCGCCUAUAGCUCUCCUAGAGUUACUACCAGUGCCAAGUCAGGGUAAAGGGAGAGGGUUAGGCAUGGGGUCGACAACCUCAUCCCGUAUAAUAAAAAUCUUGCUAAUAAACACUAGCCAGAUUAAACUAUUUAAACUCUGCCCUGAAAGUUGAAGGAAAAAUUAUGACGCCUCGGGAUGAAAGCCGAAGUUCUUCGGCAGUCACGAGGCCGAUGCUCCCUCUAACAACUGGAGCAGCAAUUUUUAUAGCUACAUGGAACGUCCGGACAAUAUAAGAGACUGGGAAGACCAAUCAAAUAGCAACGGAAGUGAGGAGAUACAACUUGGCAGUACUCGGAAUCAGCGGAACUCAUUGGACCGAAGCUGAAUAGAAAACGCUAGAUACGGGAGGCUGUUGUACUCCGGUCACGAUGAGGAAAAUGUUCCACACACUCAGAGAAUUACUGUGGUACUUUCAAAGAAGCACGAAAUGCACUUAUAGGAUGGGAAUCUCACGGGUCCAGGAUCAUAAAAUCAUCCUUUAAAACAAAGAAGGUAAUCACGAUGAAUGUUUUCCAGUUCUAUGAGAGGCUGAAAUCAAUCAUAGCGAAGUGCAUCAUCAUAAAAAAUAGAUCUCUAUCGAAACCCAAAACAAGAUUCAAGUGG